AUGCCCCCUUCAGCGCAAGUUAACGAACAACCUCAAGAGUUUAAAAAGACUCCCUUGCAAUUAAUCUCACAAGGCGUCUGUCUCCCCGGCAUCCCCAAACACCCCACGUUCGCGUUGCAAAGGCAAUGGCAGUUGGAGAAGAUGGCGCUUGCUUUUCGUGUCUUUGCAAGAUUGGGUUACACAGACGGUAUGGCUGGCCAUAUUUCCGUUCGAGACCCUGAGAAUCCACACACAUUCUGGACAAACCCCUUGGCAGUGCAUUUUGGCAUGUUGAAAGCUAGCGAUAUGAUCCUUGUUGACUACGAAGGCAAUCCGAUCGGAGGAAACAUGAGUCGAACAGCAAAUGCUGCCGGUUUCCUCAUUCACAGCGCAGUUCACAAGGCUCGACCAGAUGUUGUUGCCGCAUGCCAUACCCACAGCGUGCAUGGCAUGGCGUGGAGUGUCUUUGGACGACGUAUAGAGAUGAUUACACAAGACGCUGCCUACCUCUACGGCGAUGCCCAGACUGUUUACCGCGACUUUGGAGGUGUUGUCGUCACUGAAGAAGAAGGUGACAAGAUCGGUGCUGCUUUAGGAACCAAGGGCAAGGCUAUGAUCCUACAAAACCAUAGUCUCCUUACGACUAGCACAACAGUCGAUGAGGCCUACUUCCUCAUGACUCUUAUAGAGCGGGCCUGUCAAUGCCAGUUACUUGCCGAGGCUGCUGCAGCUAACGGUAUCCAGAAGGUUCUUAUUUCUGAUGCAAGCGCAAAGUAUACCUUUGAGAACUCAAGUGACCCAGAAACAUUAUACUGGGAGGGCCAGCCUGACCUAGAAUAUGAGGAAUAUUUAUGUAAGGGUGAGCAUAAGCUAUAA